AUGCGAGAGGGUAUCGCCGCGCUGCGGGACCAGCGGAAGCAGUUGGAUGAGCAGCUGCUGGUGGCAGAAGCGGAACUGCAGACCCAGGAGGGCGAGGUUGCCGCAUUGGGCUCGCAGAUGCAGGAGUUGUCGGCUAGGUGCGGGUGCGCCCCGGCCAAGGCCGAGCUCGGCGAAAAGGUGCCUGGGAUGUUGAUCGACCCAGCCCCGAGCGCGGGCACGGGCUCGGGGCCUGCCGCGCCCGUAACUCCCAUCUCGGUGCUUGGCACCCCCGAGCCGCAGACGCAGCAGCAGUUCGCCGAGAGCAUCGCCAAGGCCUCGGAGGAGCAGCUGCGCGCGCACCUGGGGCUUCUGCUGGGUGAUGCAUGUCCUGCUGAUCUUCCUGGGCUGCGCGACGCAGCCAAGAGGGUUUUGAGUGUGCAGGAGCACCAGACGAUGAAGGAGGAUCUACCGUCUCUUCAGAGUCAUGCUAAGGAUUUGGGAUACCACGGUAUCUUUGAGGGCGCCAACAAGACGGAUUCGGAGGGGAAGUCUGGUGGCGUGGCGAUCUUGGCGCAGGGCCACAUUGUCGUGAAGGCGCCUCCUCUUCUUCCCAGCCCAGCCCUUGAAGCUGGAAGGGUUGCUGCUGCGGACGUCGCCGGGGGAGUUUCAGGAGGCCUAGUCGCGAUCGCAGUGUACCUCGUGUCGGGCGUUGGAUUGUCGCCUGAGAACGAGGCGGUGGUGGAGUCUUCAGCGGCUAAGGUGCGCAAGCCCGUGGUUUUCCAAGUGCUAGCUAAUGACAUGGACAGUUGGUGCAGAGAUGUUCGGGAGCCAGUGCCGUUUCCCAAGAUCCCGCCUAUCGGUUGUGCUCGAUUUCCUUUGGAAUGGGACGAGUUGGAGAAAGCUAUCUAUGAUGCGGAAGAUGAGGCAGCUAUUCGUGCGGCUUGGCAUAUCAGGAUGGCCAACAUCGAGUUAGAAUUGCAAGGUGUCUACGACAUGUGCGAAGGACCUGAGGCAGUGGCCACCUCUGGCCGUGCAGGACCAGUUGAGACCAGGUUUAUUUCAAAGGCGGUUGAUGAGAUCCUGAGUUGGGAGGACAUGGAACGCGUUGUCAACUUCCAGGCUGACUCGUUGCCUUUGGCGCACUUUCUGGUAGAAACGGUAUUGUGCUAUGCGAAGAUUGGUAGCAGUGAUUUCGUGCACGCGUUGCUUCCAGAUUGGGUGGAGAUAGCUGAUUCGGGCAAAGAGCUAUCGCCGCACCAGCUUGCAGGCAGGGAGCUCGACACGUGGGCUAAGUUCCGGUCAGACCAAGCUCUAGCGGCGAUGGGCAGCUUCUUCAUGCGCUACGAGGCUCUGCUGUUGUGGCCUACGAAUCGCGUUCAUGCUGAGAUGGUGGCGACUCUGUCGAAUGAACAUUCGGGCGCAGUCAUGAUAGACAUGUGGAAGUGUUUCGGCACGGCGCUGGUGGCCGAGCUGAUAUCUGAGGUGCGCAAGUUAUGGAAGUCAGGCCCCUUCAGUGCGUCAGCGCACGGCGCCUCUGAUUUGAAGAACUUGCGGCACACAGCGGCGAUCUUUGCAGUUAUUUCUUCUGGUCGCAUCAGCCACGCGGUGUACCUGUCGACCCAUGACGUGCGCUUCCACGGUCCCAUAUACGAAGCGACGGUGGCCAUCUGCCACAUGUACAGCAGAUCCUUGCUGGACCAGCGUGUCGAGCUUGGGCGACUUGAAUGUGCAUGGAGAGCCUUGCAGGCCAAGUGGGCCACGGGGGCCCAGGCGUCCUUCAGGCUGCGCAGCCAGGGCAGUGGCAGGAAGUGCGAGCCCCCGGAGGCGCAGAAGCGCGCCGCAGACUUGAUGGCGGAGCGCGUCGCAGACGCGGCGGCGGAGCACGCCGGAGACAUGGUAGCGGAGCACCGCGGAGGCGUCGGCGAAUUAGGCGACGCCCACAACAGGAUUGAUUUUGCUCCCGAGACAACACGGCGCGACCGUAUCAAGCAAGCGCUGGCUGAGAUGUACCAUGCCAAAGCAAUCCGCGACGAUGCUUAUCAGAACAGCCUUCUGGGAUACUACCUGCGGCUGCGUGCUGUGGCCAUUGUCGGCGGGGACGUCCCCGACCCCGACGGCUACGUCUUCCCGGCGCCCGAGAUCUCUUCCAUUGCAGGCGUCGCGGAAGAAGAGAUUAACCAGCUCCCCGGGACCGUCUACCAGCGAGCACUUCCCGCCCCUAGCUUACAGUGCCUUGGGAACGCUUUGACUGCCCACCAGCUCGCCAUAGGACACGCCGUGAUCCUCGAGCCCAGCACGCAUCAUCUGGUCACGGUUUGCGAGGGCCCCACCGGCUCUGGGGAAGCCAGGAUGUCUACGGCGCUGGCGGCCGCUUGGGGUCAGGAUGCGCCGAACGGGCGCCGCGUCGUUGCCUGUGCUGGUUCCAGCGCUGCAGCAGACCAGACGGCAGUCGUCCUCGCGCAAGCAUGCAAUGACGGGCGCCUCAGUGACUUCGCGGAGUACCUGGAUGGCAUGCCUCGGGACUCCUGCCUCACCUUGUCCACGCGCGAGGACGCCGACGCAGUCCUACGGGAGAUCGACGGCGCACGCACUCACAAUAUGACUCUUGGGGACGUCCACCACGUCUUUCUGGCACACCACCCAGCGCAGGAUGCGCCCCUGGCAGCGCAGGGCGGCUACGCCAACAUCCGGGAGGCGGCCAUUUGCAUCGACAUUGUUCGCGAGUUGACCACCGCCGAGGGCAGGGGCUUCGCCCAGCCCGAGCCCGGCUGGACCGCGCAGCUGGCCGCCAGCGUGGCCGGCGGCUUCACGCUGGCGCUGACCCGCAGGCGCGCGUACGGCGGCCGAGGCGGCCGCGGCGGCUACGGCGACGACAGUUCCGAGGGCGGUGGCUACGGCGGCCGCCGGAGCAGCGACGAGGGCGGCGGCAGCUACGGGAGCCGCGGCGGGGGCGGCUAUGGGAGCCGCGACAGCUACGGGAGCCGCGGCGGGGGCGGCGGCUACGGCGGCGGUGGCCGCGGAGGCGGGGGCUACGGCGGGGGCGGCGGCGGCGGCUACGGCGGCGGGGGCCGCAGCCAGCAGCAGAUGACGGAGGCGAAGCAGGCCCGCGAGACGGAUCAGUUCUGGAGGUACCAGAGGCAAGUGAUCCAGCGCGGCGUGAGGGGGCGCGACGACAUGUUCUGGGCCAGCGAGGAGCGUCAGAUUUUCAAGUCCGAAGCGCACGUGACCGCCGGAAUCAACUUCGACAAGUACGACGACAUCCCGGUGGAGACCAUCGGCGGCACGGGCAAGGAGCAGCCCAUCAGCAGUUUCCAGGAAGCCUGCGAGAAGUACAGCCUUCCCAAGGAGUUGAGAGCGUCGAUCGAGAAGUGCGGAUACAACGUGCCCACGCCCGUACAGAAGUACUCCAUACCCGCGGUGUGCUCUGGCACCGAUGUGAUGGUCACUGCGCAGACAGGAAGCGGCAAGACUGCGGCGUUCCUGAUCCCCAUCAUCACCACCGCGCUGAACAACGACCCUGUGCCUCCUGCGGAGGGGCCAGUGAAGCCGACCAGCGUCGUGCUGGCGCCCACCCGCGAGCUCUGCCAGCAGAUCGCCGUCGAGGCGAGGAGGCUCACCUUCCGCACCAGGGCCCGCGUGGUCGCCAUCUACGGCGGGGCGCCCGCGCCGCCGCAGCUGCAGCUGCUGGCGGAGGGCGCGGAGAUCGUGAUCUGCACGCCAGGCCGGCUCUCUGACUUUCUCAACCGCGGGGUGAUCAGCGUUGAGGGCGUCAAGUUUCUGGCGCUGGAUGAGGCCCGCUCGGAGCCCAACGAUGGCACCGUGUCCAUCUUGCACCAGAACGCCGCGCCGACGAGCUCCGUGACCGAGGUCCAGGACGUGCACCAGCAGCUGGUGGCGCGUUCAGGGCAGGUGGCCAGGGUGCAGUUGGCUGAGUCCGCCACUGACGCACCACCCGCAGGCCCAGGAUGCUGGCACUGGCCAGCGGCCACGGACCCCGUGGCAGCUCCUGGACGGGUGCCGCUGUUUUUGCGGUCGGCGGAGGAGACAAUCCAGGUGGGGAUGGAUCUCGUCGGGCUGAGGGUCGCCAUCGACAUCAUGGACAUUCUGGGAAACGGCAGGCGGAGGCGGGGCGCCCGGCAGCCCGCCUCCGCAGGGAACUAG